CGAGCCUCUUGAUUCACUUCCUCGCUCUGGCGUCAUCAUGUCGUUAGUUCCUUGUUAUGAACUUCAGCACAGAUCAGACCAGAUCAGACCAGACCAGACUGCUGCUGCGUAUCAGUCCAGCUCAUGCACAAAUUCUGUCCGCUCUUUUCCAGCGAUUUCACUAUAAAUACCCGCGGUUCGCUCGCGAUAUUUGGUAAAGGCAUUGCUGAAUGUCACAGAAUGGCAGUGGACUGGUGGGGCUUCGCCUAUGCUGCAGCUCUUGCUCUGGGCGGCUUUAUGGGCUAUAAAAGAAAAGGAAGUGUGGUGUCAUUAAUUGCCGGACUCUUCUUUGGAAGUGUGUCUGCAUAUGGAGCAUUUAAAAUAACAAAUGAUCCACACGAUUACUGGACCUCUCUGAUCGCCGCCGGUGUUCUGACUGUUGUGAUGGGAAUGAGGUUCAGGAAAUCUGGGAAAUUAAUGCCUGCAGGAAUCAUGGCAGGACUGAGCCUCCUCAUGGUUUUGCGACUUUUGAUCUUCUAAGAGCUCGUGGACGGACCACACUCUCGCAACAUCUACUGGACAGUUGCAAUGUUCAUUUCACAGCAUCAUCACCAAAUUGUAUCUUGUGCAUUCCAAAUAAAUCUGUCCAUUUUA